GAGGGGAAAUCAAGAGAUAGCCCGGCACUGCUACAUGACUUCGGUCUCCCGACCCCGGAAGGACAAACAAGUACCAAACCCAGAGCCAACUUAGCCCGAAGUCCCACCCACGCAGCAAGUAAUGGGUGUGGAACUGCUGGAUAACAGACCUGAUGACGAAGCCAGGGCCACUCCGGCAGAAGAGGUGGAAGAGGUGCAGCUUGACAGCAAUGAUCCCACUAAAAAGACGAAGAUCGGCACCAAGCUGAGCUCUAAAGACCGGGCAGAGCUCAUUGACUUCCUCAAAUCAAACAGAGACGUGUUUGCUUGGACCUCAGCUGAUAUGCCCGGCAUACCCACCUCGGUUGCGGUCCACAAGUUAAGCACUCACCCCUUGAAGAAGCCCGUAGCCCAGAAAAGACGCCUGUUCAGCGGAGAGCGAUUGGAAACCAUCAAGGCAGAGGUACAGAAACUCCUGCAAGCCGGGUUUGUAAGGAGGGUAGACUACUGUGAAUGGGUUGCCAAUCCCGUUCUAGUCAAGAAGUCAAACGGCCAAUGGAGAAUGUGUGUUGACUACACGAAUCUGAAUGACACUUGCCCCAAGGACUGCCAUCCCCUACCGAGUAUCGAUAGGCUGGUGGAAUCCGCGUCCGGAAAUGAACGACUUAGCCUUUUGGAUGCUUACUCAGGGUAUCACCAGGUCCACAUGGCCCCCGAGGACGAGGUAAAGACCUCUUUCUACGCAGGCGACGAGAUCUAUUGCUAUGUAAUGAUGCCCUUCGGGCUCAAGAACGCUAGGGCCACAUACCAGAAGAUGGUGACGAUUGUGUUCCGAGCUCAGAUCGGUAGAAAUCUCGAAGUCUAUGUUGACGACAUAGUAGUCAAAAGCCUCAAGGCAGAGGACCACCUAACUGACCUGGCAGAAACAUUCAACAACCUCAGAACACACCGCAUGAGAUUGAACCCAGCCAAGUGCGUCUUUGGUGUUGAAUCCGGUAAAUUCCUUGGGUUCAUGGUCUCCAGGAGAGGGAUCAAAGUCAACCCUGAGAAAAUCAAGGCGAUAGAAGAGAUGAAGCCCCCGAAAUCGAUUAAGGAUGUGCAGCGCCUAGCUGGGAGAAUUGGAGCUCUGCAUAGGUUUGUGUCGAAGUCUGCAGAAAAAUGUUUACCCUUCUUCAAAAUCCUGAGAUCCGUGGCCCAUAAAGAUGAAACAGGGAAACUUAAGAAGUUCGAAUGGACCUCAGAGUGCCAAACCGCCUUCAAUGACCUUAAGUCCUACCUCGGUUCACCACCUUUGCUAACCAAGGCCGUGGAAGGCGAAAUCCUUUACCUCUAUCUCGGAAUCUCAGACGCGGCAGUAAGCUCGGUCUUAAUCAGAGAGGCAGACAAACAGCAGAAGCCGGUUUACUAUGCCAGUAGGGUUCUACAAGGAGCUGAGCUGCGGUACUCCAUUGCAGAAAAAGCAGCUUUAGCAGUGGUCACCACGGCACGAAAAUUGAGACCCUAUUUUCAGGCUCACCCCAUUGUGGUGUUAACCGACCAACCCCUCAGGCAGAUCUUGCAAAAGCCGGAAUGCUCGGGCAGACUUAUCAAAUGGGCAGUGGAGUUGGGGGAAUUUCAAAUAACAUUUCAACAGAGGUCAUCAAUUCGAGCUCAAGCCUUGGCAGACUUCAUCGUUGAAUGCACCUCAACCUCCGAAACCGUCGCUUCUGAAGCCGAGCAAUGGACCCUCUAUGUGGAUGGGUCCUCAAGCAGUAGAGGGUCAGGGGCCGGAGCGGUGUUGAUGGGGCCAGGAAGCUUCCGAAGUGAGCAUGCCUUGAAAUUUAAUUUCGAAGCAACAAAUAAUAUGGCCGAAUAUGAGGCACUCCUUCUCGGACUUCGCUUAGCAGCUGAGUUAAAGGUCAGAUCUCUACAAGUUUACAGUGACUCACAACUCAUCGUCAACCAAGUUAACUCUACAUGCGAGGUCACAGACCCCACCCAAGCAAAAUACUUAGCUGUGGUUCUGAAGCUCCAAAGCCAAUUUGAAAGGUUUCGACUCAUCAAAAUCUCGAGGUUCGAAAACGGCCAUGCUGAUUCGCUAUCAAAGUUAGCUUCCGACUUCUCAAGUGGACUGAGGUCAGUUUUUGUCGAGGUCCUAGACGAACCAAGCUUCCAGAGGUCGCAAGUGAUGGACAUCAGCACCGAUCCCGAAGCCCCCAGCUGGACCGAUCCCAUUAAAGCCUAUCUCCAGGAUGGGACUGUCCCAACUGACAAGCAAGAGGAGAUGAAGUUGCGAAGGAAGGCAUCUCGGUACAUGUUGAUGGAUGGUACCCUGUAUAAGAGGUAUGACGACGGAGGUCGUGAGAUGAGACCAGAGGCGCAGUCCAAAGUCACGCACCUCGCAGCCUUCCGUGGUGUGCAACUUCAGUCGGAGCAGCCUCUACCUAGCCGCCUCGAUCUAGUCGAAGGGCGACGAGCUCGAUCGCACUCGAGCUCGUCCCCUCUGCUCUUGCUCCACAGCAAUUCCGUACGCACCAGUCUCUCAUGGGAAGCACCUGCGAUGUUUGACACCUGUCCCCCUGAUUUCUUGGAGGAUCCAACACGUGGACAUCCCCUUGAAGGCCUAUAAAUACCCCCGGGGGUCCCCCUCACAGAGGUAUGGAAAAUGAACCUCGAGCUCAGCU